AUGAAAAUUAAAUCGUUGACUAGGGCGCCGCCGCCCCCGGGCGAUGGUGCAGUACGCCAAUCUCGAAAUCUUGAUCCCUCCCACCAUCCCUUCGAGCGAGCAAGAGAAUACACGAGAGCCCUCAAUGCUGUCAAGAUGGAGCGAAUGUUUGCUGCCCCUUUUAUUGGUCAAUUGGGAGUUGGACAUGUGGACGGAGUGUACUCGAUGGCAAAAGAUCCUGGAUCCCUAGAACGUUUUGCAAGCGGCAGUGGUGAUGGCGUGGUCAAAGUCUGGGAUUUGCCCAGUCGCGAAGAGGUGUGGCAAGCCAGAGCACAUGAGAACGUUGUCAGAGGCAUGUGUUGGACUCCCGAUCGAAAACUAUUGUCUUGUGCUACCGACAAGACUGUCAAGGUCUGGGAUCCUUACAACGGCGAGAAGAACGGCGUACCUCUUACAACAUACCUUGGUCAGGGGGCUUUUACAGACAUAUCACACCAUCGCGACCAUUCUUCAUUUGCAGCCUCAUCCAGUGCUAUUUCAAUUUACGAUCUUUCACGUCCUGCCUCCGGACCCAGCCAGGUGUUGCGAUGGCCAACUUCUACCGACACCAUCACUGCAGUUUCAUUCAACCAGACUGAAACGUCGAUACUUGCUUCUGCUGCCCUUGAUAGAGCUCUUGUUCUCUAUGAUCUCCGGACAUCCUCUUCUAUCUCAAAAGUCGUCCUCAGGCUCGCAUCGAAUGCCAUCUCUUGGAAUCCGAUGGAGGCGUUCAAUUUUGCUGCUGCCAACGAAGAUCACAACAUAUACAUUUUCGAUAUGCGGAAGAUGGACAGAGCUUUGAAUGUAUUGAAGGAUCAUGUGGCGGCCGUAAUGGAUGUCGAGUUCAGUCCAACUGGCGAAGAGUUGGUCAGCGCCUCAUAUGACCGGACAAUCCGACUGUGGAACAGAGAUCGAGGACAUUCGAGAGACGUCUAUCACACUAAACGAAUGCAAAGAGUCUUCUCAGCCAGAUUCACUGCGGACAAUAACUAUGUCUUGUCGGGGUCGGAUGAUGGCAAUGUUAGGUUGUGGCGAACAAAUGCCUCCAGCCGAGGUGGGAUCAAGUCAGCCAGGCAACGACAAAAGUUGGAGUAUGAUCAAGCCUUGAUCAAGCGUUAUUCGCACAUGCCGGAGAUUCGACGUAUCAAGAGACAUCGGCAUUUGCCUAAAACGGUCAAGAAGGCGUCCGAGAUUAAAGGAGAGGAGCUCAAGUCCAUUAAGAGGAAAGAGGAGAACGUUCGUAAGCAUAGCAAGAAAGGGAGCAUGCCACGACAAAGCGAACGGGAGAAAAUGGUUCUUGGUACUGAGAAGUGA